AUGUACCCCGCAUUGAUCAAGCAUCAAAUUGUGAAGCCAUCGGCAUUUCACAUCACCAGACUCGCACGAGCCUCGGUCUCUGGCAAAACCCAGCCAAGUUCCAAGGGCAACGAAGAAUUCUUCGUUACUACUACCUUCCCAGAUGAUUUUGAAUCCACCUUCAAGUCCGACAUGUUGCAGGAACAGAAUCGAACUAUGAAAAGCCAAAACACGCCGGAGCAUUUCAGUGCUGCCGAUGUCGAGGCACACAAAGUUGAUAUUUACGAGAGUAUCUUCCCCAAGGAUCCAAACGCCAAGGACCCAAAGGCGGCCAUGAAGAAAAAGAAUGAUCUGAAUCUGCCAGAGCAAGAGCCUAGUUUGGAUGAAAUGUGA